GCCAAGGAGUCGUGGGAGAUGGACACCAAAGAGAAGCUGGAGCAGGCUGCCAUCGUCAAGGAGAAAGGCACGAUGUACUUCAAGGAAGGCAAAUAUCUGCAGGCAGUGAUUCAGUAUGGGAAGAUCGUGUCCUGGCUGGAGAUGGAGUACGGCUUGUCUGAGAAAGAGUCGAAAGCCUCCGACUCCUUCCUCCUGGCUGCCUUCCUCAACCUGGCCAUGUGCUACCUGAAGCUGCGAGAGUACGCCAAAGCCGUCGAGUGCUGCGAUAAGGCACUAGGACUGGACCAGGACAACGAGAAGGGUUUGUACCGGAGGGGCGAAGCCAGGUUGUUGAUGAACGAGUUUGAGCUGGCAAAAUGUGACUUUCAAAAAGUGCUGGAAGUGAAUCCGCAGAACAAAGCAGCGAAAUCCCAGAUCUCCGUCUGCCAGAAGAAAACGAAGGAGCACAACGAGCGGGACCGGAGGAUCUACGCCAACAUGUUCACAAAGUUUGCAGAGAGGGAUGCAAAG